CCUCGUGCUGAACACGCGCCGGGGUCAUUGUAUCGCUGAUCACACAGCGUCCUUCUUCGAAGCCGUCACCAAUCAGUCAACAUGGCUCCGCACCGCCAGCACUCCAGUCAGUUCCAGCUACAGCUCGACCUCAUCAACGAUAGCGAGAACAAGCCACGCACUAUCGCCCAACAACUGCCUCCCUUGUCGGACGGAUGCUCUCGACUCUACCUAUGCCGUCACGGCCAGACAGACUACAACAUGCAGCGCAAGCUUCAAGGCCGCGGUGUCAACAUGCCACUGAACGCUGAGGGAGUGGAGCAAGCCAAGUACCUGGCCAAGGCCAUGAAAGACGUGCCUUUAAGCGCUAUUUACAGCAGCUCGUUGAAGCGUGCGUUCCAGACAGCAGACACGGUUGCCCAACUCCACCCGAAGAUUGAGGUGCAGCCGUUCCAGGAGGUGGAGGAAAUGAACUUUGGCCAGCUCGAAGGCCACUCGAUGGAGAUGCACGAAGACCAGAUUCACACCAUGUUCAAACGGUGGAAGCAGGGCGAGCACAACGCCGCGUGGCCUGGUGGUGAGAGCCCCAUUGAUGUGGUGAAACGCGGCGUUAAGAAGAUCACCGAGCUAGUGAGCAACACGCCGCCUAAGGAGCAGGUUCUCAUGGUCACGCACGGUCGCUUCAACAAGAUUGUGCUGGCCCAAAUGCUGCACGGCGAGUUGACUCACAUGACUGAGAUUGAUCAGAACAACACGUGCGUCAACGUCAUCGACUUCGACCACACAACGCAGACAUAUCGCGCCAUGGCGCUCAACAACAUGAACCACUUGCCUGGGCCACCCUCGGUGUAA